AUUCUUCAGAUUCUCCCUUUUCUUCUCAGAUUCUCAUUCGAUUUUCUCAGAUUUUCCUUCCACUGUUUCAGAGCCUCCCAAACACCCUCCGAAUUCGAGUUUUAUGCCUAAUGGACUCCGAUGCGGCCAAAUCGAGGAAGAAGACUAAACUGUUUCCGUGUUUCCGAUCGCCAGCCUCCGACUGCUAUGUCAGGACGGAGCGAUGUAAGGAUGUUCCAGACGAGAAGGUUUUUCCGUUGAUGGCGGUGGAAGAGAUGGAUGGUACGAUGUUCCACUCUGUUCGUUCGGUGGCUUCGUCGAAGGAUGCGGACGAUGAAGAUUCCGGUUGCCGGAAAAGGAAAGGCAGCGGUGGUGCUCUGUCGCGGGCGAUCAAGGCCGUUUUGUUCGGAACGGCAUUGGCGAAGAAGAUGAGAAAGAAGAAAGCGAAACAGAAGCAAAAUUCGAAGAAGGAGAAUCAGAUCAGGCAUCAUUCUGUGUCCUCAAUCAGCGACAGAUCAAGAAUUGCUUCAGAUCCUUACCACAACUACUCUAACUUCUCUUCGCGUACUUCUAUGCCAUUUUCAUCAUCCUCGUUCUGCAGUUCGUCUCCUUCCUCCUCAGACAUCAGCGAGAGAUCAUUUGCAAUUUAUCCAACUGCUCCGAAACGAUUAUUCAGCCAGAUAAAUCUCAGAAGAAUCUGCAGCGGUUGGCUUAUGUUUCUGGUAUGCAUUCUGAGCUUGAUUUUAUGGGGAAAGAUCUGUGCAAUUGUCUGCACCUCGGUUUGGAUUCUCUGUUUUUCAAGCCGGAGAUUCGGAUUCAAGUCGCCGGAAAUAAAGGCCAGUGCGGCGGCGAUAGAUUCCGGCGAACACAAUAAGAGAAUCGUCAUUGAAGGAUUGCUGGCGAGAGACCGUUCAGCUGCUCAGAAUUCAAGCUUGCGCAUUGAUUGAUCUCUGCAUCCGUUUUUCCAAUUGCCAAAGGGCGCCAAAAUGGUUCCAAAUGGCGUUUCCAUGGCGGCGACUUCAUUUUUCAAUAGGAAUUCUAUAAAACUUUAUUAUUAAUUUUGUUCAAUACAAAAUUAAUUUGUACAUAUAUAUAUUUUUUGAGUUCUUAAUUUGUACAGUUAUCAAAUUCACUUUUUUGCUUUUUUU